AUGAACAAAUUAUUUAUUUUUGUCUUCUUAGCUUUAAUUGCUACUGCUUUUGCUGUUAAUAAUGUUAAAAUCCAACCAGAACAACCAAAAAAUGAAGGAUUUUUACCAUUAUGUAUGAUCUGCAGUUAUGUUGUAGAUAAAGUCGAUGAUUACUUACAAGCUCACACUAACACCACCCAAAUCGUUUCUAUGGUUGAACAUGAUUGUCAAGAACUUCAAAAAUCAGACUGGAUUAACAAAUGUGAUAAUAUUGUUUCUGAAUAUUUAGGCGAAAUCAUUACCCUCUUAGAAGAAAAGAAAUCAGCCGAAAUUGUUUGCAAAGUUAUUACUCUUUGCUAA